CUUUUUGGGCAAUAUUAGCACUUCCAAAGCAGGCUUGUGAUAGAUGUUACUCUGGAAUAUAGUAAAGAUUAUGGGAUAGAUAAUUCAAUUGGUUAAAAGCUGCAGCUGAAAAUUUGUUAUUUCUAUCAGAAAAAAGACGGUAUUACAAAAUGAGUGAAAGUAAAAGCACAACAGAUAUGUACCUCUAUGCCUUGCCAAAACUUGAAAACAAGAUAUUGGGUGUUGGUAUUGGGACAGACUGUAUUGGAAAUAUAUCUGUUGAUCAGUUUAAUUCUGCUGCUUCAUUUACUCGAAAGUCAAUUCCAAAUAAAAUAUCACAUUCCAAGUUCACCAUUUAUCAUCCUACAUUGCCUCUUGGUCCACCAAACAACUCAUUGUGCAAAGAUCUGAAUGAUAUACUUCGGACCAGUUAUUUUCCGACACUUAUUUCAAAAAAGUCUGUUUAUCAUAAACAAUAUUGUUGGUUUCGAAGUUCCCACCACAACUUGCUACACAAAAGCUUACAUCAAUGUACUACCAAUAUGCCGAUGUCAGAUUCUUUAAAAAAAUACUUAAACAGAAAUCUCCCUGCCAUCAAUCACUCUUUGCAGUAUCGAAAAAACAUGCCAUCUAAUUUGAUAAAAUGGUACACCAAUAAUGCUCUAAACAUGGGUAUUUUAUCGGAUUUUAUUAGUGAUAUACCGAAAAAUAUUUUACUUGAAUAUACUGAUGAAAGUUUAUUUCUUGAUGCUGUUGAUCUUGAACAAAACAGUAGCUUAAGAAACUGUUUGGUAAUGUUAAAAUGUGUUGGUCGAUUAUUUUUGGUUUGUUUGUCAGGUGUAAUGCAAAGUGAUGUUGUUGUAAAAGAAAUAUUUGUUCCCGAAAAUGAGAAAGCAUCAGGAAACAAUAUUUUGUUGCAGGAAAAAGAAAUGGCGGUGAAACAACUUAACUACAGAGUGAAUGAGAUUUCUUUUGUUGGAGAUAGCAAUUUUAUCGUAAAUGUGCGAGGAGAUUACCAUUGCACUUUACUUGACAUAUGUAUUUCAGAAGACUCAGUUGAAAUCAGGACAUUUCUAGAGUUCUCUUUUAAUGGAUUAAUCCAUUCCAGUGUUGUAAAUCCAGCAUGUCAUGAAGAGAUAAUGAUUGUUGCAUCUGACAGAAGUGUAACUGCUUUUAAUGGAGAUUCAAGUAAUGUUAAAGUUCAAAGUGAUUCAUUUGCAGAGAGUGUUCUGUGGCAAAGCUGCUUAUAUGGAAAUUGUCAAGAGACAAUGUUAGUUGUAACUGAAAAUGAUAUUAUGGGCUAUGAUUUUAGAACACCACAGCUAAAAACCGUACAACAUUUAAAGCUUCCCUGCCAGUAUCUAAACAGAGUAGAGAAGUUGUCACCAGCUAUAUCUAGGAGUCCACUGAAUCUGCAUCACUAUUUUGUUACAUCUGACCAGUCAGUAAUUGUUAAUGAUGAACGCUUCUUAAAAACUCCAGUAUUAAAAAUAAACCACUACAUGAAGCACUGCCCUCGUCAUAUUGAUAUUAUGUCCUUACAAGAUGACAGUGCAUUGAUUACUGUAGCAAGCUAUCAGGACAGUGAAACCGUUUCCAUGCAAAUUUGUAAUAAUAUCAUUCAAGAUGAACAUGGAAUGGGUUAUACAAGAAUGUUAACUGUAAAGGAGCCAUUAUUGAUGUUGUCUUCUCCCCGGGACUGGACAAUACACUGCAACAAUUGGAAGUUAUCAUUGAAUAAUAUACGUCAACGAAUUAACCAACCUUUAGUGGGACUAGCAGUAUCAGAGUUGGACAAGAGUGUGAAAUGUCUUUCCUGUUGUAUUGUUCAACAAACACUUGCUGGUGAUUUAUAUUUUCAAAGGUUUAAUUAUGAAUUAGGUACAUCAGAACCAGACAGCAGGAAACAACAUUCGCAUACUGACUACAUAGACCGGAAAACAUUAACCAAUAAUAUACCAUCUGUACCAUUGCAAUUGACUUCAAAAUAUCAUAGAAUAUGUGAUAAGUGGAUUUCGAAUGUGCUAGAAAUUGAAUCAUGUAAAGAAAAACACAAAAAGGAAACUGCAGUCAAUUAUGAAAAAAUUAUGGAUUACGAAAAACAGAAAUUAACACAAGCAGGAACGAACUGCUAUAGUGUGAUGCCUUCGCAAUUAAAACAUUUUGACGAUGUGGAUUUCAUGGAUGUCUCAAAUGUUGAAUUUCAAUUUAGUGAGAUAUAUAACUUAGAGAUGUGUGAAAACUUAAAGUAUCAAUUAGGAGGAGAUGUUGCUUGUACAAAGUCAUUGUGCUUUUGCUCAAAGUGUUGUCGUCAAGUUAACAAGGAUGUGCAGGGUGUAAAAAAAAAGAGGGUUUUCAAUAGAAAAUCACUAGGACUGGAUGCUUCCAAUCGUGAUUUAGAGCUGAUUGAAAGUCCUGAAUCUUUCCCAAACCCAUUAAGUAAAGUGCUGUUAACAAAUUGGAAUGGAGAAACUUAUACUUCACUUGAUGUUUUUGCUCCUAACACUGCUUUCGAUCCAGAUGAUAAUUUCGAAUCUAAGAACAUUUCCUAUAAAGCUAAAUAAAUAUUCAAAAAUCAAA